UUAUUGACUGAUAACAAAUGUCAAUUUAUUUCUAUAACCUCAGAAUAAAAUAUAUUUGUUAAAUAAAAUUUUUUAUUAUUUAUCAAUCUCUGUUAAUAGAGAGAUAAUACAUUGUAAUAAUAUGAAAACAAAUAGGAAUCAAUGAAUAAUAUAAUAAGUUACAUUCGUAAAUUAUUUUUUAAAAUGAGUUCUGACGAAGAGUAUAAUAUAGCGGCCAGAUAUAAAACGGUUAGAAAACGUUUAGAUAGUCUUGGUUAUCAACAAGCACUAUCUUUGGAUGCUCUUCCAUUAAUUGAACGCUUACUGGCUGAUCUUAUUCAAACUACAGAAAGCUUGAAACAUUUUAAAACUGUUGCGCAAGAUAACAUUGAAGCAUGUAACCAAUUGCAAUUAAUAAUUGAUCCAUAUAAAUGCGACAAUGCAAGAUUAGUUCAGGAAUGUAAUCAACUUCAUUUGGAUCUGAUAGAAACAGAAGAAACGUAUCAAAAACAAAUUAAAGAUUUGAAGAAACAGGUGUACAAAUUAGAAUGCGAGUGUAACGACCUGCAAUUAGCUUCUUCUAGAAAUUUACAAAAAAUAAAGGAUCUUGAAAUUGAAUCAGCUAAGAAGUCGAAGAAGAUAUUAGAUCUCCAAGGGAAAUGUUUGAAACCGAUUAUAAGCAAUGUAGGAAUCGGUAGCAAAAAGCGUCCUUGUUAUCCGUUAAGAAGACCCGUUAUAGAAGCUGAGCCAUUACCGAAUAUAGGAAGUACCCACAGUACCUUACCUAGUUCUCAUUCCGUUGAGCCAAAAAUAUUAGAUUUAUUAAGCAUGGCAGAUCAUAGAAUGAGCUGUCUAAGCCACGAGGUAACAAAACUUAAAGGAGAACUUUCAUUACAAACUGAUAAUGUAUACACUUUACAAAAUCAGUUAACAACAAAAGAAAAAGAGAUAAUGAGACUGAAAAAAUUGUUAGAGGGUGGUCGACCAUACAGUGCUGUCGUCAAGGAUUGUCUUUGUAAACAAGUUGAUAAGAUGCAUGUUGCAUCCAAUGAUGCUGAUGAAAAUAUUGAUUUAAAGACUAUUUUACAAAAUAAACAAGAGUUAGAGCAACAGUUAAAAGAAGCUGUAAAUAAGCAACACGAAGUUAUGUCCCAAGCAAUGAAACUCGCCGAACGAAAUGAAGAAUUAGAAAAAGAGUUAAGGGAUAUAGAUCACAUUGCAUUAGCGGUAGAAGCUGAUUGCAAUUCUGCAGUUAAGGAAAAUAACAGAAGAGUUUAUAGACUUCAGGAAAAGUUAGAAGAUGUGAUGGAACAAGUCCACUGUUUAGAAACAGAGUUAGCAAUGAAACGUAGAGAAGUGCAAGAAUUGACGGCAGAUCUUGAAGCGAGUAAACUUGAAAAACGAAACAUUCAACGUACGUUAGAAUCCACGUUAGAAGAAAAGAAAAGAAUUACUAAUAAAAUUAAUCAAUUAACAAUAAUAGAAAAAAGUUUAAAUGAUGAAAUAGAAAGAUUAUCGAAAGAGAAUGAAUCUCAGAAGCAAGAUAUUAUACAAUUACAAUAUACAAAUAAAAUAUUGAGAGAACAAUUAGGUUCAACUAAAGUUAUGGAAGGUGCUAGCGUAAAUGAUUUGAAGCAAUUAAGAGAAAAAGGUGAAAAAAAUGAUCAAAACAGAGGGAAGAAAAGUAUGGGAAGUAGAACAGAUGCAGAAGAUAGGGAGUACUCGUCAUCCUCUCAAGAAAUAAAUAUCGACAGAGAAAAUGAUAGAGCAUCUGAAAACAUGCGAAAAUUAAUUAUUGAAAAAGAUUUACAAAUAGAUAAUUUACAACAAAGUAUAAAACAAUUGGAAAACGAACGAGAUUACUUCAGAAAUGAAUGCAAUUGCUUGAAGCACCAGAAAGAUGAAAGUUCUAAUAAAGAAAAUGUUGAAUUGUGGACGAGGUCGUAUGAAUUAAGGUGUCAAUUAAAUGAAAAAGAAAAAAUAAUCUUUGAAUUAGAAAAGGAGAAAAACGAUUUGUACCACGAAAAGAAAGAAUUGGAAACACAACUGGAAAUUUGUAAGAGUCAACAAAAAAGAUCUUGCGCGUCCGGUGCAGUUGGUACCAGCAGUAUGCAUCCAUCUUCUACGUUGUCGCAUGACAUCGGCACAGAAACUACAAAAGUAAUGCUGGAUUCUUUAAGUCGUGAAAGGGAUACAGCUAGAGCAGAUGUUCAACGUUUGAUAGAAGAACGUGACGCGUUAUACGAAAGACUUAAGGGAGCACAAAGAGGAACUGUAAAUGGUUACGACGAUCAAUUAGAAGAUUUGCAAGAAGAAUUAAGAAGAACCAAACAAGAAUUAACCGUACAACGUACACAAUUUUUUCAACUUAGGGCAUUACAGGAUCAAACGGAUCAAGCGCUAGGAGAUAUACAGGGUCAAUUAACUCAAUCCGAGACGGAAUUAAAUAAGGCGAUAGAUCGUAAUAGAAAUAUGGAGCAACAGCAUUUACAACUUGACAAUCAAGUGAAGGAGUUGAAACAAGAAAUCAAUAAUCUUCACACAAAUAUGGCGCAUUUGGAUCGAGAAAAAGAUCAAUUAUUAAUAGUGUUAGAUGAAAAGACUGAAAAGAUCGUCGCUUUGGAAAGAGAAUUGAUACACAAAGAGCAACAAGCAAGUAGCAUGGAACAACAGAUGCGGGAUCUACGACAUAAAAAUGAAAUAUGCAUCGACCAAAGCGCGGAAUACGAACGUCAAUUCAGAUCUCUUCAAAUUGAGGUGAAAAAUUGUCAAAGACAAUUGGAUACUUGCAACAACGAUCGUGAAAAUGCUAUACAAGAGAAUCGUCGUUUGCAGGACGAUUUAGCAGCUGUUAUGUGCGAGGUAAGAAAUCUUCAACACGAAUUGGAAUCCUCGCGUGCCGAAUCCUACGAUUUGAAGAGACAAUUGCAAACUUAUGUUAGCGAAGUACGACGUGCUGAAGAAAUGUUGAACAGAAAGGAAAACGAAAGAACGGAGAUGUUGAAUCAUUUCAGAAGUUUAAGCUUGGAAGCCACGGUAUUGGAAAAUAACAAUCACAGUUUGGAAUCGGAAGCUGCAGAAGCAAGAGGAGCACUUCAAACGGCUAGAGAUCGUUUGAUAGAUUUAGAAAGACAAUUAGUCGAUAAGGAUUGUUUGAUUAGAGGCUACGAGACACAGAUAAGUGAAUUAACGCAAAGCGUUGCUAGCAUGGAAACACAGUUACGGCAACAAACAGAUCAGAGACAGAGAGCAGAAGCUGAUUUGAGUGCAGUAAGGGACUUAUGUAUUAAAAUGGAUCAACAAAAGGAUUCGCUUAUGCAACAACUUGAAGAUAAAGAUAUGAUGAAAGCACAGUACGACACGCAGUUGGUAAGAUUGAGAACCGAACAGGGUGUUAUCCAAGAUCAAAUGGAUAGAGAUCGUGCAACGAUCGAACGUUUAGAAGCUUUAUUGGAUCAAGCAAGACAGGAAUCUAUUAAAGUUCAAACAACAAAUCAAGAAUUGCAGAAUGAAAUGUCGAGACUUAAACAGAAGAUAUCUGAACUUCAAACAACUUUAUCUAACGAGUCUUUAGAACUUAGACAGUAUCAAACUCAAGCUGCCGAGUACAGCAAACAAAUCAGCGAGCUUCGUAGACAAGUUACAAACGAAAGAUUUGAUCGCGCUAAAAAAGAUGAAGAAAAUCGCAGAUGUUUGAGUGAAGAAAAAGUGAAGGAAUGUGGUUGCCGUACACCGUCAUCUAAGGCAAUCAAUUUAGAAGCAAGAAUAUCGCCAGGAAUAUCGAGUAAAGAAUACAUGAAUUCGGAUGGUGGGAAUGAAUCCACAGCUAAAAUUCGAGUAGAUUUACCUGAGAAGAUGAUUUUGACCGAUGACGUUACGAUGGAACCAAUUGUUGCGUCUACACCUAAAAAGUAUAUGAAAAAGAGUUAUUCUAUUUCUUGUUGUAUGAACAAUCUCUCACAGGAUACGGCGAAUGUUAAAACUGUGAUUAAUGAAUCGCCAGAUCAGAAUAUUAUAUCAUUUCAAUUAUCGAAGCAUUCUCUUAACGAAUUCUGCGAUAACAAUCCUAAUUGUUUGCAAUUUACAACGUGUCGAUGUACAAGCACACAGUAUAUGGAAAUUUAUGAUGAAUCUUUUAUAAUAUCAGGUCAACGUCAAUUGUUCAAUGAAUUAGAAAUGCCUGAGAAUAUUGUUCCUUGUGCAGUAAGAAAUGAUUCAACAAAUGAUAAUCUAGAGAAACCUGCAAAAUCUAUACUUAAUAUUUAUGAUAAAUUCAAUAAGAAUAUUACUAACGAUAUGAACGAUACAAUUCGAGGUCUAUACGUUAGAAAUAUAACUGAAUUAUUAGGUGAUAAUAAUAAUAAUAAUAGCGUUUCGUAUCAGGAUAGAAAUUGGAAAUGUUAUUCUCCAAUUAUAAAUGAGGAUUCGAAACGUCCCGAAGAAUAUUUCAAGUUGGAUUCUUUACCUGAUACAAAACUAAUAUCACCUGGCAUAAGAAAGGUUCCUACGAAUAUGGAAACUAAACGAAUACCAUCAUACAAACAUAAAAAAUGUAAAUGUGUGUACAAGAAUAAAAAUUACAAAUAUUUGAGCGACACUAUUACAAAAUCGAUCGCAAAAUAUUCAGAUAUAAAUGAAUGUUAUGAAAUAAAUUCACAGGAAGUUCGUAAAAGUAAUCAGAAUUUGUCGGACAAUAUAUGGAAAGAAAAAACGAGAGAUCCUGAUGGUUUUAUAUCACUAGAUACGAUAAUGAAUAAUGAUUUACCAAAUAAUAAUAAGUAUAGUCAAGAUGAUACCAUAGUAAUAGCAUUUUCCAAGCCUAAAUUUACUCAAGUUUUAUCAGAGAUAAAGGAACAUACAAGGAGUUUAGAAAAACAAAUUGAAAGUAUAAAUAAUAUUAUACAAAAUAUAACUGUUUUAUCAGAAGAAGCUGCUCCUUUAUCGUCGAGAAGACAAAAUCUGCCAGUAUUUUAUGAAAAUAUAUCUAGACUUACAAAUGGAUCGCAAACCGAAGAAUUCGUCGACAUAAAUAAUAAUAAUAAUAAUAAUAAUGAACAAAUAAUAGAAAAUAAUUGGUGUAAAUGUAUAAAGAAACGACAUGCACUUUCAACGUCAUCGUUAAUAAAAUCUUCCGCCUGUCAAAACCCGAUUGCCACGUUUUUGGAUGAAAAAUUAAUAAAACAAGAUGACGAUAACGUUGUCCGUUUUACACGAGAACAACAACGUCCAGAAUUAAAAGAAAAUUUAUCGCAUGUAGUAGAAGAAAUGAAAGAACAAAAACUUUCAAGUAAAGAAAUAAAAAAGCAAAAAGAACCUGACCAAAUGAAUCCUGAAAAAAGUGCACCUUAUAAGAAUGACGAAUUAGAACGAGUACCUUAUUUGCAUAAAAAACAACCUAAGUCGUUCAUUAGAAAAGAUAAAGUUAAAUCGAAAACUAAAGACAAUUAUUGCGAUCAGCCAAAUUAUAACACUGCCACCAUUCCGUACAAUUCCACGACGAAGAAGACUAAAGUAUCUAAUGACGAUACGAUUUAUGAUUUAUAUUUACAAACUACAUUUACACAAUCGUCCAAUUUUCAAAUAGUUGCUGCCACUUCAAUAUCGUCUAUUAAAUUAAAUUUAAAUAGCACAGGAAGUAAUGAUGAUCUCGUUAAAGUAAAAAAGAAAUCUAAACUUUCGGUUGACGGAAAGACCGAAGAUAAAAUUAAUAACAAAGUUCCUUUUCCUGAUAGAUUAGAAGAUAAUUCUACAACGAAAAACAAUUUAAAUCCAUCUAUUUCUAUUCAAUGUAUAACUAUAAGUAAUUCGUCCAUAAACUGCAACGUAGCUGAUUCACGAACUAAAGAAAUUCAAAAUAAUUAUUUACGUGAUAAUGUUAAUCAGAAGAAAGUAAUUAAAAGUAAUAAAAAGAGUAAUAAAUUUAAAUUUAGGAAAAGUUAA